AUGGCGAUGAACCUUGAUCUCGCCAAUGCUGCCGUCAUGAAGGACGAGCAGGGGCGGCCCUUCAUCAUCGUCAGAGAUCAAGGCAAGAAGAAGCGGCAAUACGGAAACGAGGCGGUCAAGUCCCACAUCCUGUCUGCGCGGACAGUCGCCAACAUUGUCAAGACAUCGCUUGGCCCGCGCGGCCUCGACAAAAUCCUCAUUUCCCCCGACGGUGACAUCACGGUAACGAACGACGGCGCCACGAUUCUGCAGCAGAUGGAGAUCAGCAACCACGUCGCCAAGCUACUUGUUGAGCUCUCCAAGUCGCAAGAUGACGAGAUCGGCGACGGCACUACUGGUGUCGUAGUGUUGGCUGGUGCGCUGCUCGAGCAAGCUGCCGAGCUCAUCGACAAGGGAAUCCACCCCAUUCGGAUAGCGGACGGCUAUGACCAAGCCUGCGACAUCGCAGUUGCCGAGCUCGACCGGAUAUCAGACGUUAUUGAGUUCGGACCCGACAACACCGAGAACCUGCUCAAGGUUGCAAAGACCAGCUUGGGCAGCAAGAUCGUGUCAAAGGCUCACGACCAGUUUUCCAAGAUUGCCGUCGACGCUGUCCUGUCCGUGGCAGAUCUGGAGCGGAAGGACGUUGAUUUUGAGCUGAUCAAGGUCGACGGCAAGGUCGGAGGCUCUCUGGAAGACUCGCUGCUUGUCAAGGGUGUGAUUAUCGACAAGGACUUCUCGCACCCCCAGAUGCCGUCCGAGGUCAAGGACGCCAAGAUUGCCAUCCUGACAUGCGCUUUCGAGCCUCCCAAGCCCAAGACGAAGCACCACCUCGACAUCACCUCAGUGGAGGAGUUCAAGAAGCUGCAAAACUACGAGCGCGAGAAGUUCAUAGAGAUGAUCCAGCAGAUCAAGGACACCGGUGCCAACUUGGCCAUUUGCCAGUGGGGAUUCGAUGACGAGGCCAAUCACUUGCUUCUCCAGAAUGAACUGCCCGCCGUUCGGUGGGUUGGUGGUCCCGAGAUUGAGCUGAUUGCCAUUGCCACAAAUGGACGUAUCGUGCCAAGGUUCGAGGAUCUGAAGGCCGAGAAGCUCGGCAAGGCCGGCGUUGUGAGGGAGAUGACCUUCGGUACCACCCGCGAGAAGAUGCUGGUCAUUGAGGAGUGCGCCAACACCAGAGCUGUCACCGUCUUCGUAAGAGGAAGCAACAAGAUGAUCAUCGACGAGGCCAAGCGGUCAUUGCACGACGCUCUCUGCGUUGUCCGCAACCUUGUUCGCGACAACAGAGUUGUUUACGGUGGUGGUGCUGCUGAGAUUGCCUGCUCUCUGGCUGUCGAGGACGCCGCCGUCAAGACGCCCGGCCUCGAGCAGUACGCCAUGCGCGCCUUCUCCGAGGCCCUCGACGCUGUGCCCAUGGCCCUCGCCGAGAACAGCGGUCUCAACCCCAUCGCGACCCUGGCCGAGGUCAAGUCUCAGCAGGUCAAGGCCGGCCCGGAGUCUCGUGGCAAGCUUGGUGUCGACUGCAUGCAGAAGGGCAGCAACGACAUGAAGGAGGCAUUCGUCAUUGAUCCUCUUAUCGGCAAGAAGCAGCAGUUGAUGCUGGCGACACAGCUGUGCCGCAUGGUCCUCAAGGUGAACAACGUCAUCAUCAGCGGCUCUGGCGAGGAUGACUUCUAG